AUGCUUGCCUCAUUCAUCACUGGCCUCUUGGCCCUCACAACUCUCUCCAUAUCAUCCCCCGUUCCAGUCGCUAAGCGCGACACUGGAGAACUCUACAUCCUCGCCAACUGCUACAACAACGUUACAUCUGUUUCCUACGCAUCCGCCUUCUGGUAUUACCCAGAUUUCCUCCCAGACUUCCCAGAACCGCAAGCUGUUGCUGUUAUCAGCGCCAAAAAAGCUGUUACCUUCGAAGGACUCUCAGUUGCCACUAAAACACCAUUCAGAUUGACAACCACUAUCCCGAAGAAUGCAAAAUCAGCAGCCUAUCAAGAGAUUGUUGCAUCAGCUACAAUUAGCAGUUUUGCCGGCCCAGCUGCAGCAGUGAAAGGAACUGGAUUGGCUUUCUAUAGCCCUUCAACAGAUGUUAACUGCUACAAUGAAUAUUAUGUCAGAGAUAACCAAACUGAAGAAGACCCAUGA